GGAACCUCGAGAUUCUGUAAGUAUGAGCACCAAACACCAAAAACAUGAAAAAGACUAGGGCUUUUUAAAAGGCCGCUCCGCGCCCUACCUACCGAUGGCCUCCAUUGUAAAGACGUUCUAUUGGUACUGAGUCUUAGAUUGCCAGUAGACUUGCUUGUUCAGUUUCGUGUUCUUUUCCUCUUGGAACAGGUUUUUGACAAGCACCAUGGAAAGAGACCUCACUGCUGCACUGCUGAUGCACAUAGGGAUGUAUUUCCAGUUCUUAAUGCAAACUUCCGGCUCAAGCAAUCUUUUGCUCCCUUUUGUUUGCUCGUUUUGUGAGUAACCGUGGGUGGUGCUGAGGCUGAGGUGCUUCGUGCAGUUUGGGUUCACACUGCAGCAUAAUGUCUCGUGUCAUGCCAAGUAGCCCGAUUUGCGUGACAGGGGGCUCCGGCUUUUUGGGAUCUUGGUGCAUCAAGCUACUUUUGGAGGACGGCCACACCGUGCAUACCACCACUAGAUGUGCCAAAAAGGCUGCCUACCUGCUGGAGUUGCCAGGUGCACCUGAAAGGUUGAAAGUCUUUGAAGGAGUUGAUUUGCUAAGCCCAGGAUCUUUUGAUGCUGCCAUCGGCGGCUGUGAAACAGUGCUCCACACAGCCUCGCCCUUCUACAUGAAGGGUGGCUCAGAAGAAAAACUUGUGAAGCCGGCAGUGGAAGGGACCCAGAAUGUUCUAUCCUCCUGCCAGAGGUUGGGGGUCAAGAAAGUAGUGCUCACUUCAUCUACGGGUAGUGUAUAUACGAACUACGGAGCCCUUCCUACUGAGCACGUCUACACCUCUGAAGACUGGUCUCCAGCUGACUUGUUGCGAGAAAAGGAGAAUUGGUAUUGUUUGUCCAAGGUGUUGGCAGAGCAGACUGCGUGGAAAAUGAGCAGAGACCCUACUUGUCCUUUCACACUUACCGUUAUGGUGCCCACGCUGAUUUUGGGACCCAUGGUUCCAGGCCAACCGCACCUGAACACCUCCGCGAGUGCAUUAGUGGGAUACAUGGACGGAAGCGUUCAGGAGAUUGAGAAUGCCUGCAAGACCGUCGUCGAUGUGCGGGAUGUGGCCCGAGCGCAUGUGGAGGCCGCCUAUCGUGAUUUAGGCGGUCAUCGAAUUCUUUUGAUUGGGGGCUCGCCGCAUUUCCAGGAAGUCGCCGGAUACAUCAAAGAGGCUUUGCCCGAUGACAUAAAAGGACGAGUGCCCACAAGGGUUUCGGAAAGCUUAGCGCCUGCUGUGAUGGGACCAGCCCCGCCCCACCCUGUGCGAUAUGAUGUCUCUCCGGCAGAGAAGCUUCUUGACAUGAGCUUCAAAAACGUGGAAACCCAAGUCAAAACCAUGGUACAGUCAAUGCUUGACAAUGGAUUCAAGAGCUCCGAGCAGUAUGUGCCAACUAAUAUGUGAUUUCCUGCACUGUUUGUACAGAGUUUGGCCAGCUUGAGGGAGUUUGGCAAGCCUGAAGGCAAGGGACAAGGCACAAUGAGGAAAAGCCAA